AUGUUAUUCCUAACACUGGGCAACAGUUUGGACAAAUGCAAGAACAAUGAGAACCUUCAACAGAUCCUUACCAAUGCCACAAUCAUGGUGGUCAGUGUCACCGCAUCUACUACUCAAGGGCAACAGUUGACCGAGGAGGAACUAGAACGCAUCGAGGAGGCCUGUGACAUGUCCCUAGAGCUGAAUCAAUCAAAGCACUGCAUGAUCUAUGAGUAUGUGGAGUCCCGUAUGUCCUUCAUUGCCCCAAACUUGUCCAUCAUUGUUGGGGCUUCUACUGCUGCCAAGGUAAUGAGCAUUGCCGGUGGCCUCACCAACCUUUCCAAGAUGCCAACUUGCAACAUCAUGCUCCUGGGAGCCCAGAGUAAAUCUCUCUCAGGCUUUUCCAGCACUUCUGUAUUGCCUCACACUGGUUACAUCUACCACAGUGACAUUGUACAGCCAUUGCCUCCAGAUCUGCAGAGGAAAGCAGCACGUUUGGUGGCAGCAAAAUGCACCCUAGCAGCUCAAGUGGACAGCUUCCAUGAGAGUCCUGAAGGGAAGGCACACACCCACUACUUCCGUGAAUGGGUGUGUCCUGGCACUGGGCAGUGGACCAAGAGUUGGGGACAGUGGUAG